AUGUCCACCACAAAUACAAUGAAGGCCACAUCUUUCGGAGCAAACAUUGUGCCUCAGGCACCUGAAGAUCCCUUGUUUGGAUUGAUGGCCGCUUUCCGCCGCGACACUGAUUCAAACAAGGUCGAUCUCGGUAUUGGAGCCUACAGAGACAACAACGCAAAGCCCUGGGUCCUGCCCGUAGUGAAGAAGGUGCGCAACAAAAUCGCUCUAUGCAGUUCUUCCUCAACCUUUUCAAUAUCAGAAAGUGAACAUGUGCUUGUGAUUGCAAAAGCUAAUCAACUUGUUAUCUAUCCAGNNGCCGAUGACCUCCUUCGUCAGGACCCCAACCUCAACCACGAAUACCUACCAAUCGCUGGUCUCGCCGACUUUACCACUGCCUCGCAANAGUUGAUCUUUGGCGCCGACUCGCCCGCUCUCAAGGAAAAGCGUGCUGUCGCUCUUCAGACCAUCUCAGGAACUGGUGCUGUCCACCUGGGCGCCGCUUUCCUGGCCAAGUUCUACAACCCUUCCAACUCCGAGGCCAAGACAAUCUACGUCUCCAACCCUACAUGGGCCAACCACAACCAGAUCUUCUCCAAUGUCAAGCUUCCCAUCAAGAACUACCCGUACUUCUCGGCCGAGACCAAGGGCCUUGACUUCAAGGGUAUGGUCCAGACAAUAGAGCAGGCUCCUGAGGGCAGUGUCAUCCUGCUGCAUGCUUGCGCACACAACCCCACAGGUGUCGACCCUACUCAAGAUCAGUGGAAGGAGAUUGCCUCGCUCAUGAAGAGCAAGUCUCAGUUCCCCUUCUUCGACUGCGCAUACCAAGGUUUUGCCUCUGGCGACCUGAAAAAGGAUGCCUGGGCCAUUCGUUACUUUGUUGAGCAAGGCUUCGAGAUGUUCGUUGCUCAGAGUUACGCAAAGAACUUUGGUCUUUAUGGAGAGCGUGCCGGCUGCUUCCACUUUGUCACCGGUCCUGGUUCCGAUGCUGCUGAUACUGCAACCCGUGUUGGCAGCCAGCUGGCUAUUCUCCAGCGUUCCGAGAUCAGCAACCCUCCCGCAUACGGUGCCCGUAUCGCAUCAGUCAUCCUCAAUGACGAGAAGCUGUUCGCCGAGUGGGAGGAGAACCUCCGUGAGAUGAGCGGUCGUAUCAUCUCAAUGCGCAAGGCUCUCAAGGGCAAGCUUGACGAGCUGCAGACUCCUGGCAACUGGGAUCACAUUAUCAACCAGAUCGGCAUGUUCAGCUUCACUGGCUUGACCGAGAAACAGGUCCUUAAGAUCAGAUCUGAUGCCCACGUCUACAUGACCAAGAACGGCAGAAUCAGUAAGUAUCAUCAUGAACUGGUGCUUAAAAAGAUGCUAACUAUUUGCAGGCNNAUGGCUGGUCUUAACACCAACAACGUCGAUUACUUUGCCAAGGCUGUUGACAAGGUCGUUCGUGAGACUUCAUAA